UCGCUGCCAUCUUGGAUCCGAACCGAACUCAUUUGGUCGCAGUCUCUUCUGUCAUAUCGGAACUGAAGCUCUGAGAUUACAAACACAGGAACAUUUAAACCGCGAGACAAGACACUUCCGACUCCUGUCAGUCUUCAGCCUAAAGAAACACACACCUUCAAAACACCUUGAACACGGCCUGAGCGAAUAACUGCACUAAAACACAAGGCCUGAAUGGAGGCCCACGGCUCUGCAAGACUGUCCAGGAAGAGGAAGAGAGAAGGUUCAAAUGGAGAGGCAGAGGAGGGUGAGAAACCGCUGAAGGUUAAGCGAUGCACAGUGGGUCUGAAAUACCCGGCUCCGUAUGCAGAUCAGCUGGAGUCGGUGGAAGAUAAGCCAUAUCAGCGCGUCACCAUGGAGGAAGCUCGCAGAGGCACUCCACCCGACAGGCCUGUGCGUGUGUACGCUGAUGGCAUCUUCGACAUGUUCCACUCAGGACAUGCCCGCGCUCUCAUGCAGGCUAAAUGCCUUUUCCCAAACACUCAUCUCAUUGUAGGCGUGUGCAGUGAUGACCUCACACACAAGUUAAAGGGCUUCACCGUAAUGAACGAGGAUGAACGCUAUGACGCGGUCAGUCACUGUCGCUAUGUGGACGAGGUGGUCCGAAAUGCUCCGUGGACUCUCACGCCUGAGUUCCUCACCAAGCAUCGGAUUGACUUUGUGGCCCAUGAUGAUAUCCCAUACUCCUCAGCUGACAGUGAUGAUGUUUACAAGGACAUCAAAGAAGCAGGAAUGUUCGCACCGACCCAACGGACCGAGGGCAUUUCUACCUCUGACGUCAUCACACGCAUCGUACGAGAUUAUGACGUUUACGUCAGACGGAAUCUUCAGCGAGGCUACACCGCAAAAGAGCUUAACGUCAGCUUCAUCAAUGAAAAGAAGUACAACCUUCAGGAGCGUGUGGACAAGGUGAAGAAGAAGGUGAAGGACGUGGAGGAGAAGAGUAAAGAGUUUGUGCAGAAGGUGGAGGAGAAGAGCAUCGACCUGAUCCAGAAAUGGGAAGAGAAGUCCCGUGAGUUCAUCGGAAACUUCCUGCAGAUGUUUGGACCGGAGGGAGCAUUGAAGCACAUGCUGAAGGAGGGUAAAGGGCGUAUGCUUCAGGCCAUCAGUCCGCGGCAGAGCCCCAGCAGCAGUCCCACACGCGAGCGCUCCCCGUCUCCAACCUUCCGCCUGCCCUUCUUCACCAAAACCUCCCCGCCCUCCUCGCCCUUGUCCCAUCACGACAGCGCCCUGUCUGACUACACCCACGCCCCCCGCGGGCUUGCCAUCAGCGAAGACGAGGAGGACGACGAAGAUUAGAGUGGCACAGCGCACCACGCAUCUGUCUUCCAAUACUGGCAAUCCAACCUCAGAAACGAAGCAAUCCUCACACCAUCCAUCGGUUUCGCUCUCUGUAUUACUAACACACAUGAAGGGUAAAAACAGAGCGAUGUCUAGAGCAUUAGCGACGGAGUCUGUUCCAACUUGAGGGGGUUUUAAGGCAUUGUCAGCGAUGGGAUGCGAGUACUCAAACUCCAGCAUCUCGUCUUGAAUUUGGUAGGGCUUUGUCGUGUUUUAAAGGGAUACUCCACCCGAAAAUGGACAUUUUGUCAUUGAUCACUUACCCCCAUGUUGUAAAAUGCCCAUAAAAGCUUUGUUUCGUCUUCAGAACACAGUUUAAGAUUUUUUGGAUGCAAACCGGGAGGCUUGUGAUUGUCCCAUAGACUGCUGAGUAAUUACACUGCCAAGGUCCAGAAAAGUAUGAAAAGCAUAAUCAGAAUAGUCCAUCUGCCGUCAGAGGUUCAACAGCCGAUUUAUAAUGUUACGGGUGAAUCACUGAUGGCAGAUGGACCACUCUGACGAUGUCUUUAAUACUUUUCUGGACCAUGACACUGUUAUUUACUUGGCAAUCAAUGGGACAGUCACAAGCCUCCCGGCUUUCAUCCAAGAUAUCUUAAAUUGUGUUCCGAAGACGAACUAAGCUUUUACAGGUUUGGAACGACAUGGGGGUAAGUGAUUAAUGACAAAAUGUCCAUUUUGGGGUGGAGUAACCCUUUAAAACGAGUGCACAUGGUAUUAAUGCGUUUCAUUUUUGUUUUAAGUUCAGUUUUAAUGUUCUUAUCGUAAUAUAUUUUUGUUAGACAUCUGAUAAGUCAUGUGUCUCUUGGGAGCGAGAUUGAUGUCGCUGCAAGGUGAACUGUAAGAUAAAAGCUAAAAAAUUAAAAUGAUUUGUCUGUAUCACAAGGUGCAUAAUCAGUGUUGCCGUGGUGAUAAUUCUACAAAUUAAAAAAACGCGCCAAUAUUAUACAGGCAUGACGGAGUAGAAAAUGAUCGUUUGUCUGCAUGGAUUUGGUGUAUCACGCUUUAAUAAAUAUCAGAAUUCCAAAUUUGAACUCUGUAUUUCAAAACCAUAUGCUUAUAUAACCUAAAGAGUCUGUUUUAACUUUAAAAAUGAAAGUAUGCAAUUUCAUCACCGCACAAUGCCCUGUUUAUCUCUCACUGUGAUUGUGUUUUUUAAAAGUGCUCUUCAUGAAUAUCCUAAAACAUAGGUUGAAGGACUAGUUUCUCAAGUUCGGUUUAGAUCGGUGGACUCAAGCUUGAUAAUUACAUAAUUAGGUUCUGCGUAAUGAGUCUCGCACGUUUUGAAGUCUAACCAACGGAGCCGUUGAUAAUUAAGGAAUCACACCAAUUAAAAGGAAUAUUCUGGGUUAAACUCAGCAGUCAGUGUUCAGUGGAACAGAAGACUUAUAUACGGUGUAGUUGUUUUAAGAGUUAUACUGUUAAUCAGUUGAGGGACAAAUUGACGUACUGUGGCGAAUGACAGAAGCUUAACUCGUAUUUAACCCUUAACACAGAGCUUUGUCAUCAAUGUUAUGUACUUUUAUGGAUAUGCAGUGGUCAGACUUAGACAGUACGUGUUUAAAUUGAGUUUGUACCACCAGUGAUUAUAAUAUCUAUGAUCUGUUGAGAGGCAGAGGCUCAACAAACUGCUGUCCAGACUUACACUGAUGUCAGAAUUCAACAAUUGUUAUGCAAAUAGUUAAUGCUUAAUUUUUAUGGUACUGUCUGUAUUUCCAGGCUCUGAAUUUUCCUUUGCACAAAUUAAGUGACUCUAGGAGAGACUAUUAUUUUAUUAACUUUGCCUUCCUUUAUUGUGUCAGCCUUUGAUUGUACAGGAUGUCAACGGAGACAGGAAGACAAAUAAAUAGUGUCUAAUGCACAAGAAAGGGUUAUGUAUUUUGUUCUACCAUCAUCAUCAGAACAAAAGAAAAAAGGAUAAUUUUGACCCAUACAAUGUAUUGUUGGCUAUUGCUACAAAUAAACCUGAGUUACUUA